GAGCAGAAGCUGAUUUCGUCGUCAUGGCGGUUGCUCUGAGCGUCUUUCUGGGCGGGCGUGUCCGCGCCGUCGUUGCUCGCUGUGGGUUGGCGACCCGGGGGGUGACGGGCCCGAGCCCUGUCGGCCGCGAGCCGGACCCUGAUUCCGACUGGGAGCCGGAGGAGCGGGAGCUGCAGGAGGUGGAGAGCGCCCUGAAACGACAAAAAAAAGCAAUCCGAUUCCAGAAAAUUCGAAGGCAAAUGGAGGCGCCAGGUGCCCCGCCCAGGACCCUGACGCGGGAAGCCAUGGAGCAAAUCCGGUAUUUACAUAAGGAAUUUGCAGAGUCCUGGUCAGUUCCCAGAUUGGCUGAAGGCUUUGAUGUCAGCACCGAUGUGAUCCGAAGGGUUUUAAAAAGCAAAUUUGAACCCACAUUGGAGCAGAAACUGAAGCAGGAUGAAAAAGUUCUUAAGAAAGCUGGGCUUGCCCACUCGUUCCGGCAGACUCAGGCCUCUGGGAAUACCACAAAGCCAUUCUCUGCUGGCCACCCUGUACCAGGCUGUUUGCCGAUGCCAGGGGGUGAAGCCUUAUCCAAAGGCCAGCGUCGCAGCACGGCUUUGAAAGUGAUAGAGUCGAACACUCGUAGUACAGAUACACCAAGGAGACAGAAAGGAAGGAAUGAAGGAAUCCAGAGCCUGGAAGGAAUAAAGGAGAGCAUUGUGCCCGUCACUGCAGCCCUGGGUCGUCAGAGGGACUUGCAGAAGUACUACACCAGUGAUCGUGAGGGCACUGAAGGAACUGUCAGUUAUGGAUUGCCAAAUGAUGAGAAGCUGGAGGAGUUGAAGACAGGGGAGCCAAGUGACCAGAACUUGAACUUCAGCAGCAAAGUAGUGCAGAGGGGGCGGGAGUUCUUCGAUAGCAAUGGGAACUUCCUAUAUAGAAUUUGAGUUGGGGCCUAUCUUGUGGAGAUGUGUGAAACAGCUGGGGAAAUGUAUUGGGAGCUGCCUGGAUUUCGGCUUAUGGGUUAGCCACCUUAGAGUAGGAGGAAGUGAUGGGCCUGGAAUAUAAGCGGGAGGAGCUGCUUGGAUUUGAAUCUGACAAAGGACAGUGAACUUCAGGGCCAGCAUGUAAAGGGCCAGGGUGAGUUGGGCUGGAUAGAUUCAGGCUUCCUGGAGCAGUGCUUCAGGUCUGACCCCUGCGGAUCAUCACCACGCAACUGUACCCUUCUUGCUCAGACUCUCUGUAUAUUGAAAAGCAGCCCAUGUUGCAUGUGUUGUGAGUUUCUGUGAUACUUGCAGUAUGUUUUUGGGAGGAAAUGAAAAAUUUGCUUUCUGACCUCAUUUCCUUCUUGAUUAAUGAAUACUAGUAGUUCUGGAACUGCUUAAUCAAUUAGUUGUUUUCCUUACGUGCAAAAUAAAGUAAAAUACAGCA